UGGGGAGGCGUUGGGGGCAAAGAAGGGGCAUUUCAUAGGUCGGUUGCUGAACACCAGUAAUAGGGAGUAAAUUGCUCCAUUUCUUUUGUCUCCAGUUUCCAGCUUGUAGAAGGAGCAGAGAAGGCUGUAUUUAGAAAAUAAUUAGGAUAUCACCAAGGGAAAUCCUUAAUGUUCAGAGGCCGCAGACGCUGUGGCCCUUCCCUGCGGUGUGGGGUUUUCCCCUGUGGUUCUUCCCUCGCAGUUCCCAGAGCGCGUGUCGCCAGAGCCACCGCUGCGGGCGUGCAGGGUGCCUCUGCCUUUCUUCCCCUUUGCCCAGGCUACAACUAAAUUCUGUGGUAGCCCUUCUCAGAUAUAAGCGUGUAGGGCAACUACUGGGUUUUUUAAGAAUUUAUCUUCCUAAAAUAAAUAGGGAAACUAGCAGUUAAUGGUUUCUACAAGUAGGAAUGAAUUUGAACUAUACUCCAUUUGUUUUAGUGCUUUGACAUUCCCAUGAAUAUCUUCAAGCUUUUGUAGCAUCUUAAAAGGUCUUGUAUCAAAAAGUAGAAAGAAGCAUUAGGCAGAACUCCACUCAUGUUUCAUAUUUCUCACUUUUGCCAGGAUUUAGUAAGACAAGCAUGAGCCCGGAGGGCAGGACCAACCCUUUUCCCCAAGACCUUCAAGCAGCAAUUAGCAACAACAGCUUCUUUUAAGUGAACGGCAAAUGCAGGGGGCCGGGAGUUGCAUAUAGUGUGACUAAUGGUGCUCUUUUCUAUAUUUAAAGGCAGUAAAGAUCUACCAACAGCAGUUAAUAUAACUUGGUCUUCGAUCAACUUUAAAACAAUACUACGGUGGCAACCAAAACCAUCUAAUUAUUCCUACACAGUAGAAAUACAUGGACAGACAUCUAAUACACAAAAAAAAUGUAUUCUGACAGCAGAAACAGAGUGUGAUGUUACUGAUGUGCUCAGGAAUGUAAGAGAGACCUAUACAGCACAUAUACUGUCUGUAACAUCCUCGAGGAUGGAUAACUUUGAAGAACCACCUUUUGCAGUCUCUGAAAAAUUCACUCCUUAUAAUCAGACUAUUCUUGGAAAACCAGAGAUCCAGAAUUAUACACAAAAAGAUUCCAAAUUGAACAUUGUGUUCAAAGAUCCACUUACACCAUAUACAUUUUCCAAUGGAAGCUUUAAAAGUAUUCGAGAUAUUUUCAAACAUGACCUGGAAUAUAAACUCUAUUACUGGAAAGACCAAAGUUCUGGAAAGAAAUAUGUAACAACAAAAAGCCUUACAUUUGAAAUAAAUGUUGACAGCACAAAAAACUAUUGCUUCCACAUACAGGGAAUCAUUCCCUCUCGCAGAGAAAACCGUGAUGGUCAGGAAAGCAGGGUGCUUUGUACCAGCAUAGGAAGAAAUAUUUUAGAUGAAUAUGGAGCUGAAGUCUUCAUUAUCAUAGCAGUGAUAGCAAUUGCAGUCAUCACCAUUGCCGUUGUCCUAUCAGUGAUCCUGUGCAAAUGCAAGAAAACAAAAGCUGCUAGAGAAAAGGAACCGCUUAAUGGUGUUUAAGGAAUAACGAUCGUGGAUACUACUGGCAGUUCCAAAGCAAAAAAAAAGGAGUUAACUGGGUGGAGCCAUUUAAGCGUUCUGCUGCAGGAGAUUGUGAAGCCAAAACUUCCAGAAUUUCUGUGAAUGCAAAGCUUCAUUAGACAGUCACAGAUGAAAAAUACAUUUUAGGCACAAAGAUAUCAGGAAGCCCCUGUGCCACUAAUAGCUGGAAGGGUGUUCUGGGAAGAUAUUACAAUAUGUUUACCCUGUUCAUAUAGUCUUCCCAAAGCAACCUCUAUUUUCCUGUCUGACACAGGAUCCUAAACUAGACGGACCUUUGAUAUGACAAGGUAUGGCCAUUCUGAAACUAUGGCCUUAAUGAGCCAGAAAACUUAUGAUACUUGUGAGGGGAAAAAACACUACAUUUUCUAAACGCUUGUGUCCUUUACCUAACAAAAAGGAACGUUUUUCUGUUUCUAUGAAACGAAAUCUGUAUUUAUCUGUCUUUUUAUAACCUUAUUACCUGAAGAAAUGAUCUCUUAGUUCAGAUUUGAGAAAGAUGCUACUACUCUUUUUGCACUUCUUAGAUAAAAUUGGCUUGGUGUAUUUAUCUUUGGAUAGAGGCAAUCAAAGCUAAACAAACUGAAAUCACUGUAUUGGUAACCUCUAUGGAAUGCUCUUGAAGUACGUAGCUGCUAUCCAUCUGGAAAAGGCAUAUCCAGAUUACACUAAACCUGGACUAAUACAAAUAGGAUAAUCUGAUAAUUCCAAGUGAGCGUCGGGAUAAAUAUUUUGCAGUUUCUGAGUCAGUAGUAACUCACUUCAUGCGAACACUGAAUAGGUAGCAGUAUUUACUGCAGCUUGAACACUGAUUUUUAAUUAAACAGUUGGUGAACUAAUAGUUUCUGUUGGUAGAGGUUCAAACAAUCUUGGUGAUGGGACUUGGAGGUACGUUUUGCUAUGACUAUUUUAAUAUUUAUUUUAUAAAAGAAUCUAGUUUUUAUACUGGUGAUAUCUGUAUUUAUGAUGGUAAUUUAUACUUUUCUAAUGAAAUAAAG